AUGUCUAUCCCUUCAGACCCCAAACUCGACGGCUUCGAAAUCAUCCAGGCCAACUACAAGCACAUCGGGGACCAUGCUAUUCGGGCAGACAUCUUGAUCCCUCGCACGGAACACUCCGGCCCAAGACCGUUGAUCGUCCGUGUUCACGGUGGGGGUCUGAUGAUGGGGGAUUCCUUGUACAUGGACUGGUGGCCUCACUGGGUCUCCGACCUCGCUCUUCAAAAGAACGCCGUGAUCAUCAGUCCCAACUACCGACUGAUGCCCGAAGCCACAAGCUUCGACAUCUUCGCCGACAUGGCCGAUUUCUGGACUUGGCUGCAAUCAUCCCCUCUGAGAGAGAUUCUCGCCGCUCACACCCCACCGACUGCGAUCGACCUGAAUCGUAUCUUCGUGACGGGUGAAUCAGCCGGUGGUCUGCUGAGCGUGCAUCUGGCGCUGACGUAUCCGGAUCAAAUUCGAGCAGCGUCGGCCGCGUACCCAGCGGUGGCGUUGAACGCAGAGACUUUUACGCAGCCGCGUGCCAACCCUCCAUUCGGACUAGAUAUUCCCGAGACUCUGGUCCAAGGCACCCUCGACUCGAUCGCGCUGGGCACCGCCGUAUCAUCCCUGACGUCCCAGAAUCGAGUGGAUUUCAUGCUGGGUGCCAUUCAGCAUGGGUAUUUGUCGAGGCUGUAUGAGCGUGGCGCUGAGACUAUUCCCCCCAGUGUUUUGUAUCCCAUCCUCAAGGUGGAACAGUCCGAUUUGAAGGUCCCACGCGGUGGUCUUGUCGUGUUGCACGGUCGACAUGAUAGUGUGGUGCCGCUGAGAGAUAGUGAACGGUUUGUGGCGCGAGCCCAGCAGGUGCUUGCGGGACGGUUGAAUGAGCAAGGAAGAGGACGGGUCACGCUGGUGGUCAGGGACGGAGAGCAUGGAUAUGAUGCUCCGGCGAGGUUCGAGGAGGACUGGCUUCAGGAGGCGAUGCAAGAUGCUGUGAGUGCGUGGUUGCAGUGA